AUGCGGGCAUGGUGCCCACGAGGCCGUUCAAUAAAAAUCCGUCUAAUAUUUAUAUUCUUCACUUUAUUGUCAAAUCUACAAGCAAUCACUGUUAAUAUAGGAACGACAUCACUGAAGGGAAGUCUUCCCUAUGAAAAUCUUCGAUAUGCAGUCGAACGGUGGAAUAGUGAACAGGCCACACAUACUGAGGUCGCCUUUCGGAUCGCUUCGCCUAGUGCUGGCUUGGCACCCAUAGAAGAACGGGUAUGCGAAGUCGUGCAACACUCGGUGGUGGCCAUCAUUGUACCACCGAGCGAGCCGCGGCUUGACUCACCGAUGCUACACAGCAUGUGCCAUCACUUACAGAUUCCAUGCCUUGCCGUUCACAAUUUCGGUCCUUCCACGACGGUCAGUGAUUUCCUCUCGCAAAUGGGACCAAGACGAGGCCUCGCAGCGCAAGCAACACGUGAAUUCAUCGACACUCUUCGGUGGACCUCAUUUCUACUCGCAUAUCAAAGCAACACCGAUCUCGAAGACGUGGCUCCAUUGAUGUUUGAUCGAAAUGAGAACGAUCACUCAACUUUUCGACCUGUUGUCAAGCAAGAGAAUGAUCUCGGACCGCCAACGCCGAAAAUUAUCGUCAAGGUGAAACGAUUGCCGAACAACACCGACGAGUUCGAGCCAUUUUUGAAGUACAUAAGGAAUCGAUUGAAACAAACGAAUAUCGUGAUCCACUCGAGCAACAUCACCGUUCUUUACAGUCUCAUCCAGUUGGCUCGCGGGAUGAACAUGACCGAACAACCGUACUCCUAUGUGUUCACGCAUACGGAUUUAUCCCUUCUUGAAGAUUUCUUCAACGCGAUCGGCCCAUUCCAUUGCAAUAUUACUGGGUUGCAGCUGGUGAAGAACGAUCCGAUGAUGAAAACGGAAUUAGCCCUCACCACGGAAACUGUUUGGACAAUUGGUCAUGCGGUUUCCCGAUUGAAAGAGCUUGGUCAACCACCGCGAACUGCAUCGCUGCUCUGCGACGCGAAAGACACGUGGAAAGAUGGACGACGAAUGCAUGAAGCGAUCAGAAAUCUUCGUCUUCCCCAUCAAAUCACCGGCGAGAUCUCUUUCGACACAUAUGGUCGCCGAAAGGAAACUCGAUUUUAUGGUGUCGGUCGGAUUAGCCCUCAAUUUGUUAAGGUAAAACUUUAUCAAAGAAAGAACGAU